AUCCAUGUCUAUAUAAGUGUGUGGGUAGUGUAUGUGACUCUGUACUUGAUGUACAUUUUCAUUCCUUUGCAAAAGUAAAACUAUUUCUGAUUCCUUCCACAUUAAAAGGCCAAGAGGGUUUGUAAUGUGAGGUCUCCCGGUCCCAGGCUGCAUGGUACAGGUCAGCACAUUCUCCACAUUUAUUACCCUCUUCUGCUUCUGCAGCUCCUUACCAGGAGAACAGUACAACACAGACUUCAUAACUCCCUGCUGGCAGUGAAAUGAAGGAGAUAUUUAGGAGGCUGAGAGGAAUGGAUACCAAAAAUUAUAAGCCUCUGUGUAGGUCAAGCCACCCCUCAGAGCAAAGGAGAAGAGAUACAGGCUGCUCACUUGCAGUUGAUAACCACCUCUGGUAUUUAAGAUGCUGAUAUCUCUUGCCAGGAAUAGUUUUCUCACUCAGUUAAUUGCUAAUUCACAGGUUGGAUGAGUGCCUAACAGCAGGAGAAAUCAAUUAAUUUAAUUAUCACUCAUGCCUUCCUGUGAUCCCCUGUUCUCUUUGCCCAAAUUCAUUCCAGCCUCUCAGCUGCCCCCAGGGCUAAAGGGAAUGAACAAAGACAUCAAGCAUCAUACUGCCAAAGAAGAGCAAGCUGCACUACCACAUCGCUGUCAUCAUCAACUACCUGGGGCACUGUGUCUCACUGGGGGCCCUCCUCGUGGCCUUUGUGCUCUUCAUGCGCCUGCGGAGCAUCCGGUGUCUGAGGAACAUCAUCCACUGGAACCUGAUCACAGCCUUCAUCCUACGCAAUGCCACGUGGUUUGUGGUGCAGCUCACGAUGAACCCAGAGGUGCACGAGAGCAACGUGGUCUGGUGCCGUUUGGUCACAGCUGCCUACAAUUACUUCCAUGUCACCAACUUCUUCUGGAUGUUUGGUGAGGGCUGCUACCUGCAUACAGCCAUUGUCCUCACCUAUUCCACUGACAAGCUCCGCAAGUGGAUGUUCAUCUGUAUUGGCUGGUGUAUCCCCUUUCCCAUCAUUGUAGCCUGGGCCAUCGGGAAGCUGUACUACGACAAUGAGAAGUGCUGGUUUGGGAAGCGAGCAGGAGUUUAUACUGACUACAUCUAUCAAGGUCCUAUGAUCCUGGUGCUUCUGAUCAACUUCAUCUUUCUGUUCAACAUCGUUCGGAUUCUCAUGACCAAGCUCCGAGCAUCAACCACGUCAGAGACAAUCCAGUACAGAAAAGCAGUCAAGGCCACACUGGUGCUGCUGCCCUUGCUGGGAAUCACCUACAUGCUGUUCUUCGUCAAUCCAGGGGAGGAUGAAAUCUCCAGGAUCGUCUUCAUCUACUUCAACUCUUUCCUGGAGUCCUUCCAGGGCUUCUUUGUCUCUGUCUUCUACUGCUUCCUGAACAGUGAGGUGCGCUCGGCUGUGCGGAAGCGGUGGCACCGAUGGCAGGACAAGCACUCCAUCCGUGCUCGGGUGGCUCGGGCCAUGUCCAUCCCCACCUCCCCGACCCGGGUCAGCUUCCACAGCAUCAAGCAGUCCUCAGCAGUGUGAGGCAGGAGGAGGCAGCUGCCCGACGGGACCCUGCUGUGUGGGUACAGGAGCGGGGUGUGCUGCUUGCAGAGGAUGCACGAACUUGCAGUGGGUAAUAGGAAACUCUGCAGAAGCUCCUGUAUGGACAGGACAGACCUGUAGGAUGUGGGACAUCUGUGAUGUGUUGUUGCCUGCUUGGCCUGGUGUGACCUACUGGGAUGGCAGGAGGAAUCCAGAGAAGUUGCAGCAGCUGCUCUGUCUGCAUCCAUCCCAGUACAAUGCCCUGUGUCCCAACUCGCCCUGUAUUUGUCACUUGUCUGAGGUGACACCAAGACAGGGAUGCCCCAGGGAUUAAUCCCUCAGCUGGGUAUGCUGCUCGGGGUGGGCAAAAGCUUCUGAGUUGAUGAAGGUGACAGAGAGCCCGGGGCUGAUUGUGGACUUUGCUUUACAACGCAGUGUUUUUAAAGCACUGGGGUUAUUGGAGCCCCAUCUGUCAGCUGAUUUCUCCGUGUGAGACAGAGGGCAGGGAGGCUGGACACAAAGUCAGAGCCCCAGGACUCAACCUGGCUCCCUGUCCCUGCUUGGGGAAAGGUGAGGAAGAGCAGCCCUAUGGAGAUGUGUGUGGCUCUGUCCCUCCCUGCCCUGUUCCCACCAAGCUCGGUGCCAAAGCUGCUCCCUGCCCUCAUGUAGAGACCGGGGCCGAAUCCCUCCCAUGCUGGGAUUAAGUGCCUUGGAGGAGUGGCAGCCUCCAUCCCCUCACCAGCUCCUGGGCUCUACCAUGUCCCUGGUCUACCCUCAGCAUCCCAUUUCACGUGGUCAGAGAAUGCAGCUCUGUGUGCAGUGGAAGAUCCAUACCUGACCUGAGAGCCAAGCUUUACCCCCCAUGAGAUGCUCAUGCAGUGGGGCUGUGGGCUGAGGCUGCUUUCUGCAUCCCAGGGCUUUGCCUCCAAUGCCCUGCAGGCUUUGCUAGGAGUCACUUCACAGUUCUGUGCCUCAAUUCCACCCUCCCUGUAAAGAACAGCUAUAAGUAUUUCCCAUCCUCGGGAGGUUUAAGCAUUGUAGAAUUUGUAGGAUGAGAUUUCCUCAAGGCGCACCACCAAAAGGGAGCAAAAUCUCUUUUCCAUUAAGGAAAAGAAAGAGGGGGGAAAAAAAGAUUCAGGCUAAAACCUUCAGGAUCUUUCCUUAAACAUUUACAAAGUUCAGCAGUUUGAAGCAAAUCCUUUCCAUUUGUCUUUCUCCCUCAGAGAUUUCCCUUUUGCAUGUCUACUGUGCAGCCCAACCCAGAAGUGCCCCCAGUACCAUGGUGGGAGCAGCUCCCAGCAUCACCCAGUGACCCCCACUGGGACAGUUCCUUCAUGUGGGUCAGGCAAAGUUCACCCAUCACCAGCAGAAAGUGCCCUUCAUCCCAAGUGUGGGUGAGGGAAAAAUCACCCUGGAGUUACACAGUGGGAAAACCAGCCGAGCCCAUCCUUAUUCCCACAUGGGCAGAUGUGUAAAAAUGGUGCAAACCCUAGGGAAAUUCCUGAGAAAGCACUGCUUAUGGCACAGCCAGAGCCCCUCACAGGCCCCUACCCAGUGACAGAGGGUGACAUCCUGCAGGGAUGGACUCCCCAUGGGAUGCUCUGUGUUGUGUUGGGCACUUGGGUAGGCACUAGCUCAGAGCUGCUGGCAAUACAGAGAAGGGAGAAACCCCCCCAAGAAGUGUGUUUUCAUUGUACAUACUAAAGGUGUUCCCACAAGCAAUGUGCUCUAUGUUCCUUUGGGUUGUUGUUGUUUGUGUUUUUUUUUAAAGCUGUCAUUUCUGGUGGGGAAGAAGCUGCAAACUGAAAAGAGCAAAGGGAGAAACCCAAACACGUGUUUGCAUUCGCAUCGCUGCUUUUCCUUUCUCUCGGUGGUUUGCUCUGACUUUGCUUCCCGUACAGAGAGGUGUGUGUGUGUUCUCAGCCUUCUUUGAUUAAAAUGACUUUGAUUCCUCUCUCAAGGACUUUGGGGGCAUCUUUAUGGUUUGGAGAAAACACCCCCAGCACGGCCCCUCUUCACUUCCCAUCUGGGGGCUUUGUGUGUCCCCAGGUCCAUCCCAUAGGGCAGAGGAGGGAUACAGUUUUCCAUGAGGAUACUGCAGCAUCCCGUUAAAGGUGAGG